CUGGAGUGAAGGCUCUGUUUUCCUUUUUUUCUGAGGGAAGGAGGGGGCGGCAGAGUGCCAAUGAGGGCGAACGCUGUGGAGAGAGCUCCACACACGCACGCCUGGCAGACAGGAUGAGCGCGUUCGGUGCGAUGGGGCAGCAGAACCCUGCGCUCCUCAGCGCUGACCAAACGCGGCUGUAGGUUCUCCACGAUCGCUCCACCACAUUUCGCUUCUAGAUGGAAGGACGAGGAGGAGCUGCAUCCGGAGUCCACUUGCCACCGAGGGAAGCGAACCGCUCGCAGUAAUGGGGAACACUGCGCCCAAACCGCUCUUAGUAGAUGCGAGUCUGCAGCACCGCCCGGUGGCCAGCCGCCAGUACUACGCCCUGCAGCAUGGUGCAGUGGCAGUGGAGCGGCGCACAUCCGCCCAGCAGCCAACCAACCUGGAGUUGCCCCGCUUCCAUCCGCAUGCCAAGGGGAAGAACAUCCGCCUGGAUGCGCAGCUACGGCGUGCCACGCGCAAGAACAGCUUCUGCAAUGGCAUCACCUUCAGCCAGCGGCCUGUACGUCUCUAUGAAAAGGUGCGUCUGCGCCUGUCUGGGGUCCAUACCGGCUGGAGCGGGGCGCUGCGCUUUGGCUUUACUAGCCUGGACCCUGGUGAGCUUGCAUCGACCGACAUCCCAAAGUAUGCGUGUCCUGACCUGGUGACCCGGCCCGGGUACUGGGCAAAAGCUCUGCCGGAGAGGCUGGCCGCCCGGGAUAACGUGUUGGCCUUCUGGGCCGACAGGCAUGGCCGUGUCUUCUACACCAUCAAUGAGGGCGAGCCCAUCCUCUUCCACUGCGGCCUGAGCGUGGGCUGCCCGCUCUGGGCCAUCAUUGACAUCUACGGGAUCACACAAGAGGUCACUUUGUUAGAGAGCACAUUUGCUGAGAGCGUGGGCACGAGCUGCCUGAGUGCAGCGCGCCUCAGCGCCUACCUGCCCCAAAGCAACCAUGACUCGGCUAACUACAGCAACAACCAGCUGGAGACCAACCAGGCGGCCGCGGCCAAGAUGGCCACCCUUCAACUUGGCGGCUACAGCCAGCUCAGUCCCUGCUGUUCCUCCUCUUCUUCCCCCUCCUCCACGUCUGCCCCCUCUUCCUCUGCAUCCUUCAGCAUCCAGAGGGCCAGCCGUGGUAUACUCCCAGCCCUCGACACUGAUUUGCACUUUCAUCCUGUGCGGGGGGCUGACGUAGUGCUGUCCAACGACCGAGCGGUCGCCUGCGUCCACUUCUUGGACAGCAGCCGGACUCUGGUGUUCAGCGACAGGCCUGUGCGUGUCGGAGAGACCUUGUACGUGGAGGUGGGCCACUUGGGCCUCCCCUACUUCGGAGCUCUCCUGUUUGGGAUGACCUCCUGCGACCCAAGCACUCUUCAUGCUGGUGAGCUGCCAGCCGACCCGGACGUGCUACUGGACCGCAAAGAGUACUGGGUGGUGUAUAGGGGCUUCCCUGUUCCUGGACCAGGCGAUGUGCUCAGCUUCACCCUGCUGGCCAACGGAGAGGUGCAUCAUGGGGUGAACGGAGCGGCUCGUGGACGCCUGCUGUGCGUCGACUCCUCACAAGUGCUGUGGGCCUUCUUUGCCCUGCAUGGCGCCGUCAACCGACUCAGGAUAUUAGGAACUCUGCAGGCGAGUCCCUCCACUUCUCCCUCCGUGUCCCGAGGCACGACAUCUGACGACAGUGACUCCGACCUUGCUUUCAGUGUCAACAGAUCCUCAUCUGCCUCCGAGUCCUCUCUGGUGACGGCCCCCAGCUCUCCCCUCAGCCCCCCGCUCUCGCCAAGCCUCGCCUUUCCCGAGACACCACUGGGCAGCAAGAGCGGCGAGUGUACCGUGUGCUUUGAUCAGGAGGUGGACACGGUCAUUUAUACGUGCGGACACAUGUGCCUCUGUAACGACUGCGGCCUGAAGCUGAAAAAGCAGAUCAACGCUUGCUGUCCCAUCUGCCGGAGACCCAUCAAGGACGUGAUCAAAACCUACAGGCCGUAACGGGGCAGACGCACCCCUCGGCGACGAACUCAGCACAAGACUGUCCAACUGUGGGUCCUUCCUGGGCUGCUCUGUAGCUUUGUUUCCCGUAGCGUUCCUUCACCACCCCUUCUGCCUAGCAAUUUCAAGCUUGUUUUAAACCAUGAAGCCAAAGGCAGCCUAGAUACCUUUUUUUUUCUUUCCACAAAUGGGGUUUGUCUGAUUUGUGCUCAGACAUUUUAGUGCCUUUUGAAGUUUGCCUCUAAACAAAGCUGACAAUCAUAUUUGAUAUGUUUUGUAUAGAUUGGAUUUCUGGAAUAUAUGAAUUUCAUCAGAGGGACGCUGAGCUGCAUCUGUUAGCACUGUAUACUUGAUAAAAGCAGAGCGGGGCAAUGAGAGUGAUUCUGGGUUGAUAUUUUAAAGGUAACUAUGUGUCUGAUUGAUGAUAAAAAAUGCCUUUAUAUGUAUGAUGACUUCUGAUGCAUUUGGACAUUUAUUGCACUUAAUCGAGAUUAGGCUAAACCUGCAGCACAAGGAACACAACAACGCCCCCAACAGGAACCCAGUGUCAGAAGGCAUUGAUAAGGACUGCUUUUCAUAUAUAUAUAUAUAUAUAUAAAUAUAUAUAUAUAUAUAAAUAUAUAAAGAGAUUUUUUUUUUGUAAAAAUUUAUUUCUUUUUUAUGGCUGUGUGAUUAUGUAGAAUUGUGUUUAUGUAAAGAGAAAUUAAAUGCAUUCUUUUCCUGUAGCUGAAGAAAUCCCAGGGGGAACAUCCUCCUGUAAUUUACUAAAAGACUUUCAAACAUUA